GUGGUUUUUCCGAAUGGCUCCUAUUGAAUGAAGUUUAAAAAGAAAUCGAAUGGCGCGUACCAUAUUUAUAAUAUGAUAAUUUAUCUACAUGUAAAAUAAUGGAUUCAAUAGAACCUUUGGUUAAAAUAAAUCAGUAUUAUUGUGAAAUGAAUACACAUCGUUAAGAAGUAAUCGUGUUCACCAAGUAGAAUCACGUGUUCCACGAAAAGAAAGGAAGAAGUUCGUAAAAAUGAUUAUGCGAAAAAAAAUCUGGCCUCGCACAUUAAGUGACUUCCUUUCGAUGACUUUUAUAUUAGCAAUUGUGCCUCUGUUAUAUUGGUUUGAAUUAUGGGUGGUUUUGCCUACAGUGCAUGAAAGUGAAACAUUAUUAUACAUUGGACAUUUUCUCUUUGGAAACUUUAUCAUGCUGAACAUAGUUGGAAAUUUCACAUACACAGUUUUCUGUGACACCAGUACCAGAAGAGAUAUCAUGCCAAUAAGUGCUGCGAAUACUAAAGAUGGUUGGAGGCUGUGUGCUACUUGCGAAACUCUUGCACCCCCACGUUCAUGGCACUGCCCGAUAUGUGAUAUUUGUAUUUUAAAAAGGGACCACCAUUGCAUUUUCACUGGUUGUUGUAUUGGUCACUAUAACCAUCGAUACUUCAUCAUGUUUCUGCUAUAUUUAUUUAUAGCAACAACAUACAGUUUUUGUUAUAAUAAUAUUUUUAUUUGGAAUCGAAUUCAUUUUGAGUUUCCUAUGUCAAUUAUAAAAAUUAUUUUUCCAUUAGCAAUAUUCGUUUUUGGAUUCGAUGGAUCCAUAGAUCAAUUUUAUUUACUUUUGUACAUUGUAUCUGUAGUAGGAAUGUUAUACACAGGUGUCCUGUGUAUUUACCACUUUCGUUUAAUACUUAAUGGUAGUAUAGCUAAUGAAAGUAAUAAAAGAAUUUAUAUAUAUAAUUUAGGGUGGAAACAAAAUGUAAAAGAGGUGUUAGGCGAUCGGUGGUAUUUAACAUGGAUAAUUCCUUAUGUAACAUCUCAAUUACCACAUAAUGGUGUAGUAUGGGAUACAUCAAACUCGUGGCAAUAUGCUAAUUCUAAAAAUAAAUAAAAUCUGUUUAUCUAGCUUUGUAUAAAAACAUAUAGAAAAGUGAAAUACAUAAGUAAUUAUGUACAAUUUAUCAAAUAAAAUAAGCUGCAGUUUAGAAUUUUA